UUUGUUCAACAGACUUCAGUUCUGUGCUUUUGCCAAAUUCAUGUACAGUGUCAUCCAUAAAGGCAAAAAUAGGUGGUUUUUUUCCAGUUAAAAUGCUGGAGGAUAUUUUGUCCAGGAGAGAUUUCAAGAGAAAGUGCUCUAGAAAGAAAAGACCACUGGCUUCUGGAUACUGGCCAGCUCUCAAGACACUUACUGCUUGGCUCUGCGAGUAGAAAGAUAGUUUGCAAUGCAGACUCUCACAACUCACCCCGAAACAGCUGAAGUGGGUUAUGCUUUAAAACAAUUUCAAUUUGCAGCUUUUUCACCAACCACAAGGCACCACGGGCAGUAGAACCAGCAACAAAAUGGACAGGAGGAAUAUAUUGUGGAUAGAAAUUAUUUAGAAGAGUAAGUGGGCUAUCAGCAGGCACUCUCUUUGGAUAUAGCUCUGAAUGUAAGGGUUAAGCAAUUUUAAUCCCUCUCACGUUUUAACAAACGGGCUGUUACCACCACUAUAAUCACGCAACAUGACUCAGGCUAGAGAGCAGAGUCACCCUUUUCCUGCGAGCCCUCACGUUACAAAUCGCCCUGCCCCGGACCGCCCAGCCACGGCGGCGGGAGGCCCGGGCCGGGCCCGCUCGCCUCGACGCCGUCCCCUCUCGCCAGCAGGCGCCGGGGGCUCCGAGGCCGAGCACCGGCUCUACGACGCCCUGUUCGAGAACUACAACCAGUUCGUGCGGCCGGUGAGGAACGCCUCGGAGCCGGUCAUCAUCCAGUUCGAGGUGUCCAUGUCGCAGCUGGUGAAGGUGGACGAAGUGAACCAGAUCAUGGAAACCAACCUGUGGCUGAAGCACAUCUGGAACGACUACAAGCUUCGGUGGAACCCCGUGGACUACGGAGGUGCCGAAUUCAUCCGAGUGCCAUCCAGCCAGAUCUGGAAGCCAGAUAUUGUUUUAUACAACAAUGCAGUUGGAGAUUUCCAGGUUGAUGACAAGACAAAGGCCCUACUGAAAUACACAGGUGAUGUGACCUGGAUACCUCCGGCUAUAUUUAAAAGCUCAUGUAAAAUAGAUGUAACCUACUUCCCUUUUGACUAUCAGAACUGCACCAUGAAGUUUGGUUCCUGGUCUUAUGAUAAAGCCAAAAUUGACUUAGUUUUAAUUGGCUCUACGAUGAACCUGAAAGAUUACUGGGAGAGUGGAGAAUGGGCUAUUAUUAAAGCUCCUGGGUAUAAACAUGACAUCAAAUACAACUGCUGUGAAGAGAUAUAUCCAGACAUCACAUACUCUCUUUACAUCAGGCGUUUACCCUUAUUUUACACUAUCAACAUGAUUAUUCCAUGUCUGCUGAUUUCUUUUCUGACUGUCUUGGUUUUCUAUUUGCCUUCAGACUGUGGUGAGAAGGUGACACUCUGCAUAUCGGUCCUUUUAUCUUUAACAGUGUUCCUUCUUGUUAUCACAGAAACCAUACCUUCUACUUCUCUGGUAAUUCCACUUAUUGGGGAAUACCUCCUUUUCACCAUGAUAUUUGUAACUCUAUCUAUUGUCAUUACGGUAUUUGUACUUAACGUGCACUACAGAACACCCAAGACGCACACAAUGCCCGUGUGGGUGAGAACCAUCUUCUUGAACUUACUUCCCAGGAUCAUGUUUAUGACAAGGCCUGCCAGUGAUGAAGAGAAUAAUCAGAAGCCAAAACCAUUUUAUGCCUCUGAGUUUUCAAACUUAAACUGCUUCAACAGUUCUGAAACCAAAUGCUGCAAAGAUGGCUUUGUGUGUCAAGAUACAGCAUGCAGCUGUUGUCAGUAUCAACGAAUGAAGUUCUCAGAUUUCAGUGGCAAUCUCACAAGAAGUUCAAGCUCUGAAGCUGUAGAUCCUCUGCUUUCAUUUUCACUUCUGUCACCAGAAAUGAGAGAUGCUAUUGAAAGUGUUAAAUACAUUGCAGAAAAUAUGAAAAUGCAGAAUGAAGCAAAAGAGAUUCAGGAUGACUGGAAAUACGUUGCUAUGGUAAUCGAUCGCAUUUUUCUAUGGGUUUUCAUCCUGGUAUGUAUUCUAGGAACAGCAGGAUUGUUUUUACAACCUUUGAUGGCUGGAGAUGAAAUGUAAAAAUUCAAAAUGUUACUUUACAAAACCAAAUCAAACUUUUGUCAACUAAACCUUUUCUCCCCUGCAUCUGAUGUCUUUUGUAUGCAUUUCAUUAGUAGAAUAAGGAUCUUUCUUAGCCUCAACUUUGCUUGACCAAGAGGCUUUAUUAAAAAUGUGAAAAAGUUUAUUUUGAAUCGUUGUGACAGCCGAUCUCAAGGUAAUAUGCUUUAGGCUUGCCAGCUACUUUUUGUAAUAACUGGAAAAGAUGUAGGUAGCACAUUAAAAUUUAUAGGAAUGGUUUAAGAAGGGUUUGACAAAGAAACUGAUAAUUACAUGGAUAGUAUGAAGGUUGAGACAAGUUCAAUACUUGGGCUACCAGAUUUGUUUCCAGGAGUCUGGUGCUAAGUCUUUUCACACUGCGACAAGUUCUUCUGGGAAUAAGUUCAUAAUUAGUUCAAUGAAUGUCCCCACAAUAAUGAAGCAAUUGAGGAAGCUUAGCUACUGAAUUGUUAGAAUGGAGAACAUUGCCACCUGGUGUAUAAACAAUGAUUCAAAUUGUGGGAGGAAAGGAUCCUGGGCAGCAUUAUUUACAAAAGGAAAAUCAGUAUGUGAUUAAUAGAUGAUGAUAAUAAAGCAGCUAGAAUAUAAACUCUGUGCAUCCCCAUUUUUUUUACUAUAUAAAAAGACUGUCAGAAAAACAUCAAGAUAUUCAGAUCUAAUAAUGUUUUAAACUGUAUACAAAUAAAACAAUAAUAUGCAGUCAGGAGGUUAUGCAAAGGAUCAAAAUACAGUAGGAUAGUUUAGACAUGGAAGCAUCCUGUUACAGCAAAGUGCUUUAUUAUGUGGGAAGGCAGGCAGAUACAAAGCAUUUCUGUACAGUAUGCUAAAAGUUGCCUUUUAGGCAUACUUUUUUUUUAGUCUGUAACUACAGAUAAUUUGAGUGCAUGAAUAAACAGUGCAACAAAAUACUGUAAUGAGAAAACAUUUUGUAAAGUUAUGAACUGUUCUCUCUAUGCCAAACUGGAAACUUUUUGGAAAUACAGUGGUAUCAAAAUGAUGCAUCAUUUAUGAAAAUAAAGAGAAUC